AUGGAGCAAGCAAGGGAUCACUUACACCUGAGACGGACUACAGAACAGCACGUGCCAGAGGUGGUCCAAGUCAAACACAGGACAGGCUCACUGAGCAAACAAGAGUGUCAGUUGUACCUGAGGCACUCUCAGCAGCAGCAAGGACCUGUGAUGGACUUGCAGGUGGAGCUGAGACAGGUGUUCUUAGCUAAGACACCAAGACGUGGUUAA